AUGAAGGCAUCCCUGGCACCGAGGGCCCUUUUGCUUGUUUGCCUGCUGUUCCAGGCAUAUUGCAAAGAGAGGGAUGUGGAGGAGAUGGUUGGACCAACAACGCAGCCACCAGACCAGCACCACACCUCCAGGGCUGAGAACAGCUAUGAAAAAUACAGCAGGCAGCAGAGAGGGCCUGGGUGUGUGCGCUGCUGCAAUCCUCCUGAGCCGGUCACGGUGCCCCCCACAUACCAGCCCACGCUGCAGAUCAACAUGACCAUUCUGAAAGGUGAGAAAGGGGACCGUGGCGAGCGUGGCCCUCAAGGCAAGUUGGGCAAGACCGGUGCUGCAGGGGGCAAGGGUCAGGUGGGCCUCAAGGGGAAGAAGGGCAGCCCGGGCUCCCCGGGGGAGCGGUACAAGACCACCUAUGCAGCCUUCUCGGUGGGCCGGAGGAAACCCCUGCACAGCAACGACUACUACCAGACACUUGUCUUUGACACGGAGUAUGUGAAUCUCUACAGCCACUUCAACAUGUUCAUGGGCAAGUUCUACUGCUACGUGCCUGGCAUCUAUUUCUUCAGUCUCAAUGUGCACACCUGGAACCAGAAGGAGACCUACCUGCACAUCAUGCGCAACGGGGCCGAAGUGGCUAUCCUGUAUGCCCAGGCCAGCGACAGGAGCAUCAUGCAGAGCCAGAGCCUCAUGCUCGACCUGCAAGACCAGGAUGAGGUCUGGGUGCGGCUCUUCAAGGGUGAGCGCGAAAAUGCCAUCUUCAGCGAUGACUAUGACACUUACAUCACCUUCAGCGGAUACCUAAUUAAGCCCAGCUCUGAGCCUUGA